AAUGAAUCCAACAACCACAGAAUACAUAAAUCACCUUUUUAUUUUUCUAUUUAACAUAGCAUACUGGUGAGGCUCCUUUUACUCAUUCAUUAGCAGAUAGUAGUAGAAAUGGAGCAAGAAAUGGAAAAGAGAAAGAUAGAAAAAGAAGAAGAAGAAGAAGAGAAAUGGGUGCUUGAUGGAUCUAAAGAUUACAAAGGAAGAGUUCCUCUCCGAGCUUCCACUGGUGCAUGGAAAGCUUCUCUCUUUGUGCUCACAAUUGAGUUUAGUGAAAGGAUAAGCUUCUUUGGACUAGCCACUAAUCUCAUCUCCUACCUAACUAAAGUGAUUCAUGAAGAUCUUAACACAGCAGCAAAGAAUGUAAAUUAUUGGACAGGGACAUCAACACUCAUGCCUCUUAUAGGUGGAUUUGUUGCUGAUGCCUACACUGGCCGUUUUCUUAUGGUUCUGUUUUCUUCCUUUGUAUACCUCAUGGGUUUAUGCUUGCUGACAAUGUCUCAAUUCAUACCAAGUCUCAAGCCAUGCAAAAGUAGCAUAUGUAGAAAGCCUAGGAAGGUUCAUGAAGUGGUUUUCUUCCUUGCCUUGUAUUGUAUAUCCCUAGGCACUGGUGGAUACAAGCCAUGCUUGGAGAGCUUUGGAGCCGAUCAAUUCGACGACGAUAACACAGAAGAGAGGAAGAAGAAGAUGUCUUUCUUCAACUGGUGGAACUUUGCACUGUGCUUUGGAUUGCUGCUUGGUGCAACUGUGAUUGUCUAUGUUCAAGAUAAUGUUGGUUGGGGAGCUGCAGGCCUUAUACUCACUAUUUUUAUGGCUCUUACUGUGAUUGCUUUUUAUGUGGGGAAGCCAUUUUACAGGUAUAGGAGACCAGAAGGGAACCCUUUAACCCAAGUUUUGCAGGUCAUAGUUGCAGCCAUAAGGAAAAGGAACUUGACCAAUCCUUCAAGUGCUUCUCUGUUGUAUGAAGUUCCAAAGUCAGACAAGUCCCAAGGGAGGCUUCUAAGCCAUACUAGCAGACUUAGGUUUCUUGACAAGGCUGCAAUAAUAGAAGACAAAAACAUUGAGGAGAAAGAGAAUCCAUGGAGAUUAGCAACAGUGACAAGAGUGGAAGAGACAAAGCUUCUUCUCAAUGUUAUCCCCAUUUGGCUAACUUCAGUAACAGUUGGAAUCUGUGUAGCACAAGGCUCAACACUCUUUGUGAAGCAAGCAGCUGCUAUGAACCUAAACAUAACCCACAGUUUCAAAAUCCCUCCAGCUUCCAUUGCCUCUUUCGCGGCUUUCGGCACCUUAGUAGCAGUCCCAAUUUAUGAUAAGAUCAUUGUUCCGGUUCUGCGAAAAGUCACUGGCAACGAAAGAGGGAUCAGCAUCCUUAGGAGGAUUGGCAUUGGCCUAACAUUCACAGUCAUAGUUAUGGUUGUUGCAGCAUUAGUUGAAGCAAAGAGACUAAGAGCUGCAGAGAAAAACACUAUUAGUAGUGUUUUCUGGCUGAUACCACAAUACUUGUUACUUGGAUUUGGAGAUUCAUUUUCCUUAGUUGGUUUGCAAGAGUAUUUCUAUGACCAAGUACCUGAUUCAAUGAGGAGUUUGGGAAUGGCAUUGUAUCUUAGUGUGAUUGGAAUUGGAAGCUUCGUGAGCAGUUUUCUGAUCAUAAUUGUGGACCAUGUCACAGGAAAAGAUGGUAAGGCUUGGAUUGGGAAGGACAUAAAUUCAAGCCGUUUGGAUAGGUUUUAUUGGAUGCUGGCAGUUAUAAACGGUUUGAAUUUGUGUUUGUUUCUGUUGUUGGCAAGAAGGUAUACUUAUAAGACUGUGCAGAGGAGAACAUUGCAAAAUGAUGGAGUUGAGAUCAUUCCAUGAGUCAUGGAAUGAGAGAACUACUCAUUAUUAAGUGUACCAAUUUCUAAGUUUAUCAAGGAUUGUGAUCUAAUAAAUCUAUUACACAUA